AUGUUUAUUUUUACUCCAUACCUUUGUUUCAUUUCAGUACCACUACGUGCAAGUUCCACUGAUAUUCAUCCGAAUGCAAAAUGGGCACAGAAUGGUAUCACUGUUGCUGCAGGAAAUGGAUAUGACAGUGGAAUCAAUCAACUCUGUGGUCCAUAUGGUUUGUACGUCGAUGAUGAUCAAACGAUUUAUGUCGCUGAUCAUUGGAAUCAUCGUAUUGUGGAAUGGAAAACUGGUUGCUGGUGGAAAUGGAAAAGGACAUGA